GCACACAGGUCUCACCCCAAGCCCGAUCUCGAGGCCCCUGACCCGGGCCCGCCGCGUCCCUCUAGCACCGAGGGAGCCCGGCCCUAGUUGCCUGGGCAACGGGAACUGUCACCGACACGGCCCAAUCAGCUCUCGAAAUGUCACUAACUGGCCAGCAGGCGGGGCUACUAACGGCCCGGGCCCCGCCCACCACCUUCCUCCUGGGUACCUUCUACGUCUCCGGAUGCUCAGCUCCCGACUUCCUUAUGCCUUGGGCGUGUGUGGGAGCAGAUGAGGGGUUCUUUGGGGUCCCCAUCUGGAGGCCAGCUCCUGCUGACGAGUCCUUCAGGCCCUCUGGGCCUUAAUUUCCACCCCUGUAUAAUGGGGAUAAUGACACCUCCCUCAGGAGUCGGUGAUCCUUGUAAACUGAGUGGUGAUUACUGUGGGUGAAGGCACUUUGCAAAGCCUUAAUUGAAGCUCAGCCGUCGGAUGCAACUGUUGUUGUUGUCACUGCUCCGUCAGAACCGGGUGGCCGGCUCGGGAAGUCCCCCUCCCUUCUUCCCGCGGUGGAAACCUCGCACCGCCCGCAUCAGGGGCGCCACUCCCCGCGCCAACUCGGGAGCACUCGAGAUAAGAGAGGGAGCCUUCGCCCUGGCAGGAUGACUGCCCCGGCGCAGAAGGGACAGGGGCCCCUGUGAGGGUGACCAUAGGACUCGCGGAGCCUCGCGCCUGGCAGACGGCGGGCCAGGACGACUCCAGCGACCAAGACCAGGGACCCCUCUUCUUCAGACUCUGCACCUCCACCCCUCUCCCCAUCCCCGGCUCUGAGGCUGGCCCAGAGAGCAGUGCUCCCAUCCCCCUCUGCCCUGGAGAGGAAAGGCUGUCCUUCCACACCCCUGAGUGAGGGGCCCAGGUUGCGUGUGCCCCGCAAAGGCAAGGGUCCCUCUAUUCAGGGGGGGAGGGCCUGGCCAGCCACAACUUCUUUCCCCCUGAGCUCCCCAUCUCUGUCUCUGCACCCUACAACUCCCACCCCUCCGUAUUUAUUUCCCUGGCCCCUUGCCAGCCCCUCCAUCUCUGUCUCCGGGAUUCAGGCCUCCCUCCCUGACAUGGAGAGUAACCUGUCUGGCCUGGUGCCUGCUGCUGGGCUGGUGCCUGCGCUGCCGCCCGCCGUGACCCUGGGGCUGACUGCGGCCUACACCACUCUGUACGCCCUGCUCUUCUUCUCCGUCUAUGCCCAGCUCUGGCUGGUGCUCCUGUAUGGGCACAAGCGUCUCAGCUAUCAGACGGUGUUCCUGGCACUCUGUCUGCUCUGGGCUGCUUUGCGUACCACCCUCUUCUCCUUCUACUUUCGAGAUACACCCCGAGCCAACCGUCUGGGGCCACUGCCCUUCUGGCUUCUCUACUGCUGUCCUGUCUGCCUCCAGUUCUUCACACUGACGCUUAUGAACCUCUACUUUGCCCAGGUGGUGUUCAAGGCCAAGGCAAAGCGUCGGCCAGAGAUGAGCCGAGGCUUGCUGGCUGUCCGAGGGGCCUUCGUGGGGGCCUCGCUGCUCUUUCUGCUGGUGAAUGUGCUGUGUGCAGUGCUGUCCCGCCGGCGCCGGGCACAGCCCUGGGCCCUCCUGCUGGUGCGCGUCCUGGUGAGCGACUCCCUGUUUGUUAUCUGCGCACUCUCUCUUGCCGCCUGCCUCUGCCUUGUCGCCCGGCGGGCUCCCUCCACCAGCAUCUACCUGGAGGCCAAGGGGACCAGCGUGUGCCAGGCAGCUGCGAUGGGUGGCGCCAUGGUUCUGCUCUAUGCCAGCCGGGCCUGCUACAACCUGGCGGCCCUGGCCUUGGCCCCCCGGAGCCGGCUGGACGCCUUCGAUUAUGACUGGUACAACGUCUCUGAUCAGGCGGACCUGGUGAACGACCUGGGGAACAAAGGCUACCUGGUGUUUGGCCUCAUCCUCUUUGUGUGGGAGCUGCUGCCCACCACCCUGCUGGUGGGCUUCUUCCGGGUGCACCGGCCCCCGCAGGACCUGAGCACCAGCCGCAUCCUCAACGGGCAGGUCUUUGGCUCCCGUUCCUACUUCUUCGACCGGGCACACUGCGAGGAUGAGGGCUGCUCUUGGGAGCACAGCCGGGGUGAGAGCACCAGCAUGUCAGGCAGCCUAGGCUCCAGCAGCUGGUACGGUGCCAUCGGGCGGGAGCCAGGCUGGUGCGGGGGCAGCCAGACGCGGACCACUCCUCUGCUCUUCUCCCAGGUUCUGGGACCAGGCAGCCACCAUCACAGUCUCUACUCUACCCCACAGACGUGAUCCCCCUUCAUCUCCCCGCAGAACAUCCAGACCCCAGUCCCUCCCACCCCAGACCCCUGUGCCAAGUUCAUCUGCCGCUUCUUGCCCGGGAUCCCGGGGGCUGUGGCUGCCUCUUUCCCAGGCCGGCUCCUUGCUAC